UGAGCUUCUUUGUAAUUGAAGAACUUGUGUUAAUACAGUUACAAUUCAGCACUCUCAAGAUUCAUAACAAUGUCUGGACGUGGAAAAGGAGGCAAAGCUCGUGCCAAGGCCAAGACUCGAUCUGCCCGUGCUGGUCUACAGUUCCCCGUUGGUCGUGUUCAUCGGCUUCUCAGACAAGGUCACUACGCUGAGAGAAUCGGAGCUGGUGCUCCAGUCUACCUAGCAGCAGUCAUGGAAUAUCUGGCAGCUGAGAUUCUGGAGUUGGCUGGCAAUGCAGCUCGUGACAAUAAGAAACAGCGUAUUAAUCCAAGGCAUCUUCAACUAGCCAUCAGAAAUGAUGAGGAAUUAAACAAGCUUCUUGCUGGUGUGACUAUUGCACAGGGUGGUGUGCUUCCCAACAUUCAAGCCAUACUCCUGCCAAAGAAAAGUGGACACUCUGGAAAGAAGAGUGACUCUCAGAGCCAAGAAUAUUAAGGAACUCUAUCCUAAAUGAUUUGAACCGGCUUUUCUAAAAGCCACCACUUUAACAAAAGACAACACUCCAUUUUUAUCCUUAAUGUUCUUACCUCUUACCCCUGACCCUUACCCAGCUAUUCAAUAUGAGAUCGCAGUCUGAAAGGGAUUCCUACAGAUUCCAUUUCAAACUCAUUCAUUGUGGAAUGAAGCUUAUAAAUAUUUGUAGUAGACUACAUGAUUGUAUUAAAGAGGAAGAACUCCUCAGAGCCUUCCUUUGUGAAGUUACAAAUGACAAAUGUGUCCAACUACGGUAUAGCUGGUAAUUUUUGGGGGACAAAACAUUCGUGGUUGGAGCAAUAUUUAGUCACUUCGUGGUUAGGCCCUGGCAAAUCAUGCUCUUUUUUCUGCCUAUUAUGCCCCACAUUGAUGUCCUUUUUUCAGCAGUAAUAGUAACAACAAAUUAUCUCUUGUUGUAUUGUACAUUUGCCAGUAACAUAACUGAAGAUUCAACAUAAUCUUCUAGCCGUGAAAGAGUAAUUUAAAAGAGAAAACACGUUCAGCAACGUAGAGGACCGUCAUAUUUGUACCAAAUUGACCAAAUUCAAAAUUUUUAAUCCUAUUAUGCCGGCAUAAUUUGCCAGGGGCACUGCAGGUAAAGGUAGGCAAGGUUGCUUCAUUCGUGGUCUAAGCUCCAACCACGAAUAUUUUGUCCCCUGGAAAUUACCAGCUAUACGGUACUCCAUCAGUGUCACACAAAAUAAUUUUUGCCAAAAAUAAUAUUACGUGCAAAACAGUUGCUAUUCUAGUUCAGUUGUAUGUGCAUGCCACGAAAAUUUACUCAUGUUCCUCUAUCAUUGCAGCAGGACCACAUUCUGGGUCUCUCCACACAUAAUCAAAAAUCGGACCACAUGUUUGCAUGUGACCAUCAGGUGCAGGAAUUUCCAUUUGCAUCAGCCUUUUAGCCUGAAUCUGCAUAGCCUCCAUAACAUAUAUAGCUUCAUCUAGUUCUUCGGGUUUUCCAUUGAAAACAAUUUGCAAAGAGUUUAGAAGAGAAAGGUACAUGUUGUGGAAUACCUUGGCUUGGUGGUAGACAUGUGUAUUCGGAGGAAUGUUUUUAGAUGCUGGAUUAUCACGCAUGGGCCAAACACCUUCAGAGACAAAUUCAAUAUCUUCGCCUUUGUAACUGUAUGUUUUAUGAUCUUCAGAUGAAUUCAAAUGUUUCUUGCACGCAAUUUCACCAAAUUUAUAAAAGUGUGCCAGCUCUUGUGUGCCAAGGUAGGUGGGAUCUAACUGAUCAGUUCCUUCCCCUUGUUCAACUAUCAUGGCAAUAGCUGCUUUGGCAUCCUCAAUACAUUUCACCUGGUACAAUUUACUCGAAGAAUCGGACAUUUUCCACGGCCAUUUCAAUUGAUUCAUAAAAUUAUCAGUCUCUGGGUUAACAGGAUAACCGAGCAAACGUUUCUCGUCCAAAUCCUCCAUACAUUUUUCAAUUUUAGAGUAGAAGGUUCCAAUUGUCAAUGCAUUAACUGUUUUUUCACCAACAUGCAUGUUACCGUCAUACACAAUUUUAUCAGGGAAUUCAAUCAUCAUAAAUAUAUCUCGAAUAUGCUGUGGUGAGGCCUUGGCAAGACGCACUGUCAAAUUGGGUAAAACGUCACCGGGCAAAUUUGUUGGGAAGCAUUUAGGUAUAAAACUCUCUUUUGGGUUUUCCAUUUUCGGUUUUCCGCCAAUAGAAAUCAACAAAUUCGCUGCUUGUGCCAUGUGUAACAUUUCCUGCAUUACAACAGAACGGAUAAUGCUGUAAACCUCCUGAUUAAAGCCAUCUUUGAUAGAAUACAGUGCAGUCAUGUAGGGGGGAAUCGUUGAAAAUUCAAGAGCUAUAGCCGUCUGGAGGGCAAUGAUCAAAUCGUCUUUUGUCUCACAUUUUUGCCACAUCAAUUCACUAGAGUCAAGUUUGGAAGCAGGUAUUGUCAGAGAUACAAAUUCAUCUACUACUUCAAGUACGUCACUACUAGGUAAGUUUUGAUCUCUGACAUGGGACAAAAUGUUUGAGAAGUGGAGGGCAAGUUUAGAUUCUGCCAGUCUAUAUGCAAGCUUCUUUUUUUUUGAGCCGGUACCAGAUUUUUGAGGGCUUGUGUCAGCAUUAUUUGAGUUAAUGUUCAUGUGAGGUUCCUCUUUGUCAUUAUACAAGAAAUGAACGUCACAAUAAGCUGGGGUUUCGAACAGUUUUCGGUCGAUGUCUUCCCAGCUUCUAGGUAAAUUAGGAGUUUUGAGCCAUUCUAAGAUCAUGUUUCGUUUUGAAGGAGACAAAUCUCUAGUUACGGGCAUAUAACUCACAUGCUCCUCAGGAAGAUUCAUAGCAUUUAAAAUUAACUUGACGUUGUGUGGCUUUGUUACAUCAUCAUAGUCGCCUAGCCUUACAAUACUGCUCAUAACUGGAUAUAGAUUCUCGUACUGCUUAAAAAUCGGCUCUAUA